UCGAAUUCUAUAAGCAGCGCUGGUCUUCAUCCUUGAGGCUGCAGUAGCUCAAGUUUCCGUCUCAUAUGGCUUCAGUGAUGCACGGAAUCCUUCUGCUGCUUGUUACGCUUCCACUUUCUGCCAAGGCUCAGGCCAACGGCAACCUCACCUUGGGCUCCUCGCUAACAGCGGAUGACCGCAACUCUUCCUGGCUGUCGCCGUCGGGCGAGUUCGCUUUCGGGUUCCUGCAAAUGGGACAAGGAGUUCAUUUGCUGGCGAUAUGGUUCGAGAAGAUAGAGGAGAAGACCAUCGUCUGGUCAGCGAAUGGUGAUAAUCUAGCGCCAGAAGGUUCGAAGAUCCAGUUGACCGCCGAUGGCCAACUGAUGCUCACCGGCCCAAAUGGAACAGAAUUGUGGUCUCCUAGCCCGACCGUCGCUGGUGUAGCGUAUGCGGCCAUGCUCGACACGGGGAACUUUGUCCUAGUUAGCCAGAACUAUGUGAACUUGUGGGAGACAUUCAGCCAACCGACCGACACGAUGCUGCCUACGCAACAGUUAGUUCAAGGGACUAAAGUUAACGCUCGCUACUCCGAAAUGAAUUACUCCACCGGGAGAUUCCACUUCAUGCUGAGAGACGAUGGAAAUCUCGCAUUCUAUGCCACUCCUAACCCAUGGGAUGCCUCGGAUACUUACUGGGUUAGCAACACCGUAGGCAGCGGCUUCGGAUUGAUAUUCAAUCAAAGUGGUCAGGUCUACCUCACGGCUAGGAAUGGAACAGCUCUCAAACUCAUCACCACAGGCACAAUCCCGACCAGCGGAUAUUACCAAAGAGCGAUCCUUGAAUAUGACGGGGUCUUCAGGCAAUAUGUAUACCCUAAGACGGCAAGUUCAAGUUCUGGCCAGGCAAUAGGCUGGUCAGUGGUCUCUUCCCCGGUCCCUUCAAAUAUAUGCACGAGCAUCGCGCAAAAUAUCGGUUCUGGAGCUUGUGGCUUCAACAGCUACUGUUCUCUUGGAGACGAUCAGAAGCCCCGAUGCCUCUGUCCGCCUGGAUAUACUCAGUUAGAUUCAACAAACGAGAUGAGUGGAUGCAAACAGGACUUCGUACCCCAAAGUUGUGAUGAAAGUAGGCCGGAAACAGACCAGUUCACUUUCCAGGACAUGCUCAAUACAAACUGGCCACUAGCUGAUUACAAUCGUAGCACGGGACAAACUGAGGACAGUUGUAGAGAGGCUUGCUUGGCUGAUUGUUUUUGCGCAGUUGCUAUUUUCGGCGGCGGAACUUGCUGGAAAAAGAAGAUCCCUCUUUCCAAUGGAAGGAUGGAUCCUAGUGAGGUUGGAAAAGCUCUGAUCAAGGUCAGGAUAAAUAACUCAACUUCAAUAAAUACAGGUAACGGAAAUAAGAAUUCAACUCUGAUUAUCAUCGGAUCGGUGCUGUUGAGUAGCUCCGUGUUUGUGAACUUAGUUCUACUCCUUGUUACCUAUUUAAUUUAUAGAAGCUCCCGAUCUAGGGAUUAUAAGUUGUCACGACCAGUCCAAAUCAACCAGGUUCCAGGCAUGCGCACUUUCACUCUUCAGGAACUUCAAGAAGCAACAGAUGGAUUCAAAGAAGAACUGGGUAGGGGUGCUUUUGGAGUAGUGUACAAAGGUGUUCUUGGAUCCAAGGAUACAAACUUUAUGGCAGUAAAAGUGUUGGUGACAUGGACCGGAGAAAGUGAAAAGGAGUUCGAAAGAGAAGUUAGUGCAAUUAGCCAAACUAACCACAAGAACUUAGUGCAGUUGCUUGGAUUCUGCAAUGAAGGUCAACACCGGCUACUGGUGUAUGAAUUCAUGAGCAACGGCACUUUGGCGGAUUUUCUAUUUGGCACUUCAAGGCCCAGUUGGUUCAAAAGAAUAGAAAUUGCCUGUGGUGUUGCGCAGGGCCUCUCUUACUUGCAUGAUGAUUGCACAAGGCAUAUAAUCCACUGCGACAUCAAGCCACAAAAUAUUCUUCUUGAUGGUUCUCUUGCUGCAAAAAUAUCAGACUUCGGAUUAGCUAAGCUCUUGAUGGCGAACCAAACACGAACCACCACUGGAGUCAGAGGAACCAGAGGUUAUUUAGCGCCAGAAUGGUUCAGGAAUAUGCCUAUUUCUAGCAAGGUAGACGUUUACAGCUUUGGCAUUUUGUUGGUAGAGCUCAUCUGCUGUAGAAAGAACUUUGAGCCGGAAGCAGAAAUUGAAGCUCAAAUUGUGCUAGUCGACUGGGCGUAUGACUGCUACCACGACGGGAGCAUACUUAAGCUAGUGGAGAGCGACGAGGAGGCAUCGAGUGACAUAAAGAGGGUGAAAAGAUUUGUGAUGAUAGCAUUGUGGUGCAUCCAAGAAGAUCCUGCUUUGAGGCCAACCAUGAAAAAAAUCACUCAAAUGUUGGAGGGAGCUGUUGAAGUCCCAGUACCUCCAGUUCCAAGCUCUUUUAUCAAUUCAAUGUGAUUUUGCUUAUUCAAACAACUGCUGUCUGUAAUCUUGAAUUGUAUUCUCCUUAGGAUUUUUUAUUAUGCAAAUUAGAAACAAAAAUAAUACCCAAGGUCAAAA